AUGGACCGCUGGAAGGACAUUCCUUUAUCAAAAGAAGAGGAAGAAGGUGUUAUCGCUGCUGAAGCUGAAGAAGCAUAUGUAGAUGUGUUCAACCGGUCACUGGUGGGGAAGUUGUGGUCAGAUAUUCAGUUCAAUGUCAGAGCCUUCAAGAGCACGAUGGUUCAAUUAUGGCGCUUGAAGAAUCCAGUUGAGAUCCAGGAUCUGAGUAAGAAUCUUUUCCUCUUCCGUUUUUCUUCAAAACGCGAUGUUGAAACUAUCUUGCGAAACGGUCCGUGGAGCUUUGACAGGAACCUCCUUCUUCUUGAAAAACUCACCGGAGAGGAACAACCAUCGGGCUUAAUGAUGAAUACUGAGUCUUUCUGGGUAAGGGUGUAUGACCUUCCUUUGAAACUUCGUUCAGAAGCCAUGGCAAAAAAAUUAGGUAACAUUAUUGGGUCUCAUGUAGAGACAGACCCAAAGGAUGUGAACAGAUUGGGUCGGUUUCUAAGACUUAAGGCAACCAUAGACCUACGACAACCAUUGAAGAGAGGUACAGUGGUGAAGUAUCAAGAGAAAGCUAUGCGAGUUUUUUUCAAGUAUGAAAGGCUCCCUACUUUCUGCUUUGUUUGUGGCAGGAUUGGCCACCAAUUGAAAGAUUGUGAUGAACUGGGUGACAAAGGUGAAGAAGGUUACGAAGAUUUAGAGGAAAAUGAACUAUCUUUUGGCCCAUGGUUAAGGGCGUCCCCCUUACCAAAGGUUUACGAUGAACAGAAAAAGGAUAGUAGCUCUGGAUGUAGUAAAAACCUGUUUGGGACAUCUUCCAGCCAUAGCAAAUGUGAGACAACUGUAAAAGGUAAGGAGGCAGAAAUUGAAGUGAACCAAAUCAAAGAGAAGGUGUCCUCCCCGAAGAAACUUGAAGGCGUUAAUGCAACCAAUCAGCUAGUUAAUCAUGAUGUUGAGUGUGUGGCAGAGUCUCUGGGUGCGGUGGCACUCUCAAAAAAAUUUGACAUUGGUAAAACAGAGACAAAGGCAAAUACUAGAAAAAAGAGAGGUUGGGUUCGUCAAACCAACUCUAGAAAACAAAAACCAUCAAAAGAGCAGAAGGUGUUGGCAAAAGAAACGGGCAAGAGGCAAUUAGUGGAAGUUCAAAUCUCUGAAGGUAACAUUGAGGAUGUCAUGGGGGGUGAAAAAAAAAGAAGGCAUGAUGUGGAGAUGAUUGACUCAAGUUCACAAAAAGUUGAGGUGGUGUUGGAUGACCAACACCACCGGGUCCAAUGA